AAAUUUAGUUUCAUACCCAACAAAUAAGUCUUCUUGAGUCUACCUUUGCUGUAUGCACAAUCAACCAUUCAAUUAUUUCUAUCAUUCAAUCUUCAUAGUUCUUAAUUUCCUUCAAAAUUUCAUCUAAAACUUUUAUCCUUGCUGGUUUACUAUAACCAAUCAGAGAUGGCUGCAGUUUUGAUUGGAGGUGCAUUUCUGGCUGCUACUCUUCAAACCUUAACGGACAAACUAGCUUCAAUCGAGUUUCGUGAUUAUAUCACAAAAACAGAGUUGAAUGAAUCAUUGAUAGAUGAGAUGGAAACAAGUCUACUUACUCUUGAGGUUGUACUAGAUGAUGCAGAGGAGAAGCAGAUCCUCAAACCCAGAAUCAAACAAUGGUUGGAUCGGUUAAAAGAUGCAAUCUAUGAUGCUGAGGAUUUGUUCAAUCAAAUCAGCUACAAUGCCCUACGAUGCAAGAUGGAGAAGAAACAAGCGAUCAAUUCUGAAAUGGAUCAGAAUAUUACAGAUCAGUUUCGGAACUUGCUUUCAACUACAAACUCAAAUGAAGAGAUCAAUUCUGAAAUGAAGAAGAUUUAUAAAAGGCUGCAAACUUUUGUCCAGCAGAGCACCGCCAUCGGCUUGCAACACACUGUAAGUGGUAGAGUUUCUCAUAGACUGCCUUCAAGUUCAGUGGUAAAUGAAUCUGUCAUGGUGGGUAGGAAGGAUGACAAAGAGACAAUAAUGAACAUGUUGCUGUCACAGAGAGACACAACCCAUAAUGCUAUAGGUGUUGUUGCAAUUUUGGGCAUGGGAGGUUUAGGAAAAACUACCCUUGCUCAACUUGUUUACAAUGAUAAAGAAGUUCAACAACAUUUUGAUAUGAGGGCGUGGGCUUGUGUGUCCGAGGAUUUUGAUAUUAUGAGAGUAACCAAGUCUCUCCUUGAAUCUGUCACUUCCACAACUUGGGAUAGCAAUAAUCUUGAUGUCCUUCGAGUUGAGUUAAAGAAACAUUCAAGGGAGAAAAGAUUUUUGUUUGUAUUGGAUGAUCUGUGGAAUGACAGUUAUGAUGAUUGGGAUGAGCUAGUAAGUCCCUUCAUUGAUGGAAAACCUGGAAGCAUGGUGAUUAUAACAACGCGCCAAGAAAAAGUAGCUGAGGUGGCACACACAUUUCCUAUACAUGAACUAAAACUUCUAUCAAAUGAAGAUUGUUGGUCGUUACUCUCAAAGCAUGCAUUGAGAGUUGGUGAGUUUCACCGUACUAGAAACUCAACCUUUGAAGAAAUAGGCAGGAAGAUUGCAAGAAAGUGUGGAGGAUUGCCAAUAGCUGCUAAAACAAUAGGAGGACUUCUAGGUUCGAAGGUAGAUAUAAUAGAGUGGACAACAAUUUUGAAUAGCAAUGUAUGGAACUUACCAAAUGAUAAAAUUCUUCCUACUUUGCAUUUGAGUUAUCAAUGUCUUCCCUCUCAUUUGAAAAUAUGUUUUGCAUAUUGUUCUAUUUUUCCAAAGGGUCACACACAUGACAGGAAGAAAUUGGUUUUGCUGUGGAUGGCAGAAGGCUUUCUUGAUUAUUCACAUGGGGAGAAAACGAUGGAAGAAUUAGGUGAUGAUUGCUUUGCUGAAUUAUUGUCCAGAUCCUUAAUUCAACAAUCAAAUGAUAAUGGUCGUGGAGAAAAGUUUUUCAUGCAUGACCUUGUCAAUGAUUUGGCUACAGUCGUAUCUGGAAAAAGUUGUUGCAGGUUUGAAUGUGGUAAUAUCUCUGAAAAUGUUCGUCAUGUUUCAUAUAUUCAAGAAGAGUAUGACAUCGUAACAAAGUUUAAGCCUUUCCACAAUUUGAAAUGCUUGCGAACCUUUCUACCUAUUCACGUUUGGAGGUGCAACAAUUACUUAUCCUUCAAGGUGGUUGAUGAUUUGAUACCAUCACUCAAAAGGUUGCGCGUGUUAUCUCUAUCAAAGUAUAAAAACAUCACCAAGCUACCUGAUACAAUUGGCAAGUUAGUGCAAUUGCGAUAUCUAGAUCUCUCAUUCACUGAAAUUGAAAGCUUGCCUGAUGCAACAUGUAACCUUUACAAUUUGCAGACCUUGAUUUUAUCAAGUUGUGAGGGUCUCACUAAAUUGCCAGUACAUAUUGGAAAUUUAGUACAAUUGCAGUAUCUAGAUCUCUCCUUCACUGAAAUCGAAAGCUUGCCGGAUGCAACAUGCAACCUUUACAAUUUGAAGACCUUGAUUUUAUCAAGUUGUGAGAGUCUCACUGAAUUGCCGCUACAUAUUGGAAAUUUAGUCAGUUUACGUCACCUUGAUAUAAGUGAGACUAACAUAAGUAAGUUGCCUAUGGAAAUGCUGAAACUAACAAACCUUCAAACUCUAACCCUUUUUUUAGUGGGUAAGCCCUAUGUAGGGUUAAGUAUCAAAGAGCUAAGUAGAUUCACAAACCUACGGCGAAAACUUAUUAUUAAGAACUUGGAAAAUAUUGUUGAUGCCACAGAGGCAUGUGAUGCCAACCUUAAAAGCAAAGACCAAAUUGAGGAGUUAGAGAUGAUAUGGGGAAAACAAAGUGAAGAUUCACAAAAAGUGAAAGUAUUGCUAGAUAUGUUGCAACCACCAAUAAAUUUGAAGAGUCUGAAUAUUUGCUUGUAUGGUGGGACAAGCUUUUCGAGUUGGUUAGGAAAUUCUUCGUUUUGUAACUUGGUGUCCCUCGUAAUCACUGAUUGUGAAUAUUGUGCGAUACUUCCACCACUUGGGCAACUACCUUCUCUCAAGGACCUAGAAAUAUUUGGAAUGAAGAUGUUGGAGACAAUUGGCCCGGAGUUCUAUUAUGUCCAGAUUGAAGAAGGCUCUGAAUCUUUCUUCCAACCAUUUCCAUCCCUUGAGCGCAUAAAAUUUAACAACAUGCCAAAUUGGAAUCAAUGGCUUCCCUUUGAAGGAAUAAAUUUUGUUUUUCCUCGACUUAGAACUAUGGAGUUAGAUGAUUGUCCUGAACUAAAGGGGCAUUUGCCUAGUGACCUUCCUUGCAUAGAAGAAAUUAUGAUAAAAGGUUGUGCGAAUCUAUUGGAUACACCACCUACUUUGGAUUGGUUGCCGUCAGUAAAAAAAAUUAAUAUCAAUGGUCUUGGGAGUGAUGCUUCAAGUAUGAUGUUCCCUUUUUACUCUCUUCAAAAAUUGACCAUAGACGGUUUUUCAUCUCCGAUGUCUUUCCCAAUAGGCAGUCUUCCAAACACCUUGAAAUUUCUCAUAAUUAGUAACUGUGAGAAUCUAGAGUUCCUUCCUCAUGAAUACUUGGACAAUUCCACAUAUCUUGAGGAAUUAACAAUAUCUUAUAGCUGUAAUUCAAUGAUAUCAUUUACCUUGGGAUCUCUCCCUAUCCUCAAGAGUAUGUUUUUUGAGGGUUGUAAAAAUCUGAAAUCGAUAUCAAUUGCAGAAGACGCGUCAGAGAAGAGUCUCUCAUUUCUUAGAAGCAUUAAAAUAUGGGACUGUAAUGAACUUGAAUCAUUUCCCUCAGGUGGAUUGGCUACUCCAAACCUUGUUUAUAUUGCAUUGUGGAAGUGUGAGAAGCUUCAUUCACUGCCAGAAGCAAUGACCGAUCUUACUGGCCUUAAAGAAAUGGAAAUUGAUAAUCUACCAAAUGUUCAAUCUUUUGUCAUAGAUGAUUUGCCUAGCAGUUUACAGGAACUGACUGUUGGCUCUGUUGGAGGGAUUAUGUGGAAAACUGAGCCAACUUGGGAACAUCUCACUUGUCUUUCAGUGUUGCGAAUAAGCGGUAAUGAUAUGGUGAACUCGCUAAUGGCGUCAUUGCUACCUGCAUCUCUUCUGAGACUACGCGUUUGUGGUCUUACUGAUACAAACUUGGAUGGGAAGUGGUUUUUACAUCUCAGUUCUCUCCGAAACCUUGAGAUUGUUAACGCUCCCAAACUCGAGUCGUUGCCAAACGAAGGAUUGCCUACCUCUAUUUCUGUACUAAGUUUAACUCGCUGUCCAUUACUUGAAGCAGGGUUGCAGAGCAAGCAAGGGAAAGAGUGGCAUAAGAUUCUUCACAUACCUGCCAUAAUUAUUGAUGACAAAUUAAUCACAUGAGUUUCAUAUCUUGAUCGACCAAGGGCAUCAAGUGAGAUUGAUGGCUUGCAACAAGAUGGCAGCAGUGGAAUCUAAGGAGUGUGGGGUUCGUAGAUUUGUAUUGGCUGCAUUUUGUUAAAACAAGAGUUCUAACAAGAUGUCGGACAAGAUGUCUUGACAUGUUGGUGCGACAUCAUAGCGUGUCUUGUUUUGCUUUCUUGGAGACUGUAUUUUAAACGUGAGAUUCAUGAAGAUUCUCUGAAGAUUUGAUUCAUGUGGAGUUGACCAAGAAGCAUGUGGUUUCUAGAAGCAAUAAUAGGUAGUUUUGCUUUGACGUUUUCUUAAGUGUGAUGUUGUAACAUUUAAGGAAACAAUAUAUUUUCUUCAGAACUUUGUGUUGAAAAUCGUGUGGUUCAGCGGAUUGUUUGGCACGAGUUAUGCACCAAGCUCAUUCUGCACUCAAGCUAUAUAAAGGAAGAAUCAAGACCUAAUUCACCAUUGAAGCCGUAGUUCAAAAAGUGUCAUUUUUAGGGUUUUAGUUUGUCCUUGUUAUUUGUGAGCCACUCUUGUAUCACGCGUUGAUGCAUACAGUUGGACUGUAGUUGAGUUGUAAACUAUGAAUCACUCAAAGCUUCUAAGCACAAGUUGAAUCUCUGUUAGGAGUGUGUCUCCAUCACAGUUGUUAUUAUUGAGUCAAUCAUUGGGACUGUGGUUGAGAGGAAGGGAUAGAGGGAUCUCAUAUCUAGGAGAGUCUUAAAUUGAAGAUAGUUUUUAUGUAUGCUUCAAAUUAAUAUUAUCAUAGUGAAUUUCCUUCCUAGCUUGGUAGCCCCUACAUGUAGGUGACGUUGCACCGAACUGGGUUAACAAACAACUUGUGCAUUUUACUUCCUGCUUUUAUUAUUCACGAUUGUUGUUUGUUAUAUGUGUUGUCAUGACGUUCUGACGUCAUUCUUGACAUCUCGCUUGUCCUAAGAUCGUGUAUAACAUUUUUAGUGCGUGCUAGAAUUUCAAUUGGCAUCAGAGCAGACACCCUAUUCUGUUUCUGGGUGAGCUCCAGGGAAAAUAUUUUCUGGUACAAUGGAAAAGUAAGGAGGACAAGUUAACAGACCACUUGUUUUGGAUGAGUCCAACUAUGACUAUUGGAAAGUGCGCAUGGUGGCAUUCCUUAAGUCUAUUGACAAUAUGACUUGGAAAUCUGUUGUAAAAGGUUGGGAUCAUCCUCUAGUUAAUGAUAAUGAUGGUAAGGACACAACUGAGAUGAAACCUGAAGAGGAAUGGUCAAAGGAGGAAGAUGAGCUUGCUCUUGGAAACUC